UACUGUUCCAUCCCUUCAACCUGCGCUGCUGACUGCACACAUACCCACAGUACUGACGCGGCCCUCCCGGUCAGAAAUUGCAGUGAUUUCAGGCGCAAAAAGCUCAAAGAUAACUGUGUUGAGCAGCAUAUAAGCGUUGAAUAACCACGGUGUGAUCAUCUAUUAAACGAGAGAGAGAGCACACGCCGUACACAGGGGUGCAGAUGUGAGGGAAUAUACCUGCAGACUACAGCUGCCACACUGAUGACAGAGCAACAGGGAAGUCAGUUAGCCAGCUAACCACCCAGAGCUAAACUCGACUAUCAGGCAGGUAAUGAACGGCGAUCUGGACGGCUCAACAACAGCGAGCAACCCAAGCAUCUGAACGGAGCCGGCCGUCCACUACAGAGAGUAUUUCGCAGACUGCACAGCUAUGAGGAGGGUGACAUUGCGCUGUGCUGCCCGGCUCGUAUUUGCAGCUUUGUGGCUGUUGGUGGAAGUGUGUCAGGCCGAGAGCGGGGCCCCGAGUCUGGCCGAGCGAGUCAUCUGGGCUGUAAACUCCGGCGGGGACGCGCACACUGACGUGCACGGAAUUAAUUUCAAAAAAGAUCCACUGGAAGGAAAAUUGGGGAAAGCAUCAGACUAUGGUCUCCGUCUGCCAAUCCUGCGCUCCAGCCCGGAGGAUCAGAUUCUCUACCAGACGGAGCGAUACAACGAGGAUACAUUCGGUUAUGAAGUACCCAUCAGAGAAGAAGGAGACUACAUACUGGUCAUGAAAUAUGCUGAGGUUUACUUUGCUCAGUCUCAACAAAAGGUUUUUGAUGUGCGUUUAAAUGGCCAUGUUGUGGUGAAGGAUCUGGAUAUCUUUGACCGUGUGGGUCACAGCACGGCUCAUGAUGAAAUAGUGCCAUUCUCGAUAAAAAGAGGAAAACUGAGUGUGCACGGUGAAGUUUCCACUUUUAAUGGAAAACUCACGGUAGAGUUUGUUAAGGGUUACUAUGACAACCCAAAAAUAUGUGCACUAUAUGUGAUGAAGGGCAAGCUAGAGGAUGUCCCAAAACUACAGCCACAUCCUGGACUAGAAAAGAGAGAGGAAGAGGAGGAGGAAGAGGAGGAGGGGGAGGGUGUAGAAGGCGAAAAGAAGAGCGCAUCCACCGCUCCAAAGAAUCCGGUUCGGUCCGGGCCGCGCACCCCCAACCCGUACGCCGCUGACAACAGCAGCCUGAUGUUCCCUAUACUCGUGGCGUUCGGGGUCUUCAUCCCAACCCUCUUCUGCCUCUGCCGCCUUUGAGGGUAACAAGUGAACAAGAGGAGGGAGAGAGAGGAGAAAGGACGGACAUCAGGCUGUGGAGGGGUGGGGGGAGGGGCGCACAGCCGUGGGGACAGGCAGAAAUAUAGACUGACAUCACAGCAGACAGAGAGAGAGAGCAAAUAACGGGCGAGGGACAUGCAGAAACGAGGACGUUUCAGAUAUUGCUGGUUUUUUUAAAAGAGGUGACCCUGAAAAUACAUGGAUUUCGAAUGCGAGUU